AUGACGCUCGUGCUCCCCUUCCUUGCCUCUCCCGCCCCAUGCUGCUGCUGCUGCAAGGCACGUGUCAAUAGCCCUCGCAAACACGUCUACAUACACUACUUUGCUUUACACAAUUUAUCGUGGCCCGAUUCGCCCCUCGUACGUCAACCUGCAUGCUCGUUUAGCGCGUCCGGAAUCAACAUGCAUCCUAUUGGCUCCCAUCAUGUGACUACCACCGCACCACCACGAUGCUGCCGCCCGCUCGACACGGAUUCAUCCCCUGCAGAAGAAAUACCGAGCCCCACUGCCUCUACCCUUCUUACAUCAGAAAUCUCGAGAGCCUUGUAUUUCGUUUUUGCAGGUAAUGGUUACUCAUGA